AUGGCUUCUGGAAGGCUCAUCAAGCUCCUGGUGUUCGAGCUGCUUGAGUUUGCUGCUUUCUCCAUCCCCACGCUGGUGAUUGUGGAACAGUUCGCCACCGCCUAUCAAAGCUCAAGGGAUACAAGAGAGAAAACUCAUUAUUGGCUGAUCGUUUCCUGUUCAAUUGCCUAUGUGGCUUCAGUGAGUCUGUUGAUUUGGGUUCCCAUAAAAGUUCUCUUAUACAAGAAACAUCAUCUUUCAAAAAAAAUUAAAGGAUGGAGACCUGUUAUGAUGAUGUGUGUAGUACUCACCACACUCCCCAGUUUCAGCUUUUCUAUAGCAGUGACUGAGGUUCAAAAGAAUAUUAAUGGUUCUGCUAAUAGCUUGCCUGACACCUUGCCUGACCUACCAGUCUCUCUGGUUCUGACUUCCUUGAUCGUGGUUGACAUUAUUGAAAAACUCAGGACAUAUCCUCUUAGAGGGAGGCAAAAAAGUAAUGAAGAUACGCACAUCCAUGCCACCACUUUGCAACGCAUAAAAACUGUGACAGAUCAAGAGAGGCAAAAUGAAGGAAACCCUGCACCUCCCCAGCCAGCCCCAAGGACCACAGCAUCAGCAGCCACAACACGGAGCCCUGUCCCUGCGCAGGCUGGACCCGAGGAACCCGCCUUCCAGUCCGGAGUCCUGAGAGCCAUGUCCCAGCGGGACGCUCGAGCGGAGAUUUUCCUGUGGAGCUUUCUGUUGUGGUCUGACACCAUUGAAAUGGUGCGUGUGGCCGGCCACCACGCUGUGUACAAGUCAGCCUGGGUCUACCCAGUCUAUCUGUUCAGUUUCAUUUCUCUCCUUCGAAUUAUAUUCACUCCCCAGAACCCUCUUCUGAAUUCCCUGGGCAUCCUGCUCCAGGAUUUACCCUUUAUUUUUGUCAGACUUAGCUUAAUCAUUGACCUGGGAACUGUCACACCCGUAUUGGGCCUUUGUAAAAAUGUGCUGGUGACUCUCUCUUAUGUUUACUUCAAUUACUUAACUAAAUUCAGGGUUUUCUCCUCCUUUGAAUUGUCUUCAUUUUAA